GCUUCCCCGGCGCCUCGGGAAAAUGGGAGCUGCUGCAAAGUUGGCGUUUGCCGUCUUUCUUAUCUCUUGUUCUUCAGGUGCUAUACUUGGUAGAUCAGAAACUCAGGAGUGUAUUUUCUAUAACGCUAAUUGGGAAAGAGAUAGAACCAAUCGAACUGGUGUUGAAUCCUGUUACGGUGACAAAGAUAAACGGCGGCAUUGUUUUGCUACCUGGAAGAAUAUUUCUGGUUCCAUUGAAAUAGUGAAGCAAGGUUGUUGGCUGGAUGAUAUCAACUGCUAUGACAGGACUGAUUGUAUAGAAAAAAAAGAUAGCCCUGAAGUAUAUUUUUGUUGCUGUGAGGGCAGUAUGUGUAAUGAAAGGUUUUCUUAUUUUCCGGAGAUGGAAGUCACACAGCCUACUUCGAAUCCAGUUACACCUAAGCCACCCUAUUACAACAUCUUGCUCUAUUCUUUGGUGCCACUUAUGUUAAUUGCGGGAAUUGUCAUUUGUGCGUUUUGGGUGUACAGGCAUCAUAAGAUGGCUUAUCCUCCUGUGCUUGUUCCAACUCAAGACCCAGGACCACCCCCACCUUCUCCAUUAUUAGGUUUGAAGCCACUGCAAUUACUAGAAGUAAAAGCAAGAGGAAGAUUUGGUUGUGUCUGGAAAGCCCAGUUACUCAAUGAAUAUGUGGCUGUGAAAAUAUUUCCAAUACAGGACAAACAGUCAUGGCAAAAUGAAUAUGAAGUCUAUAGUUUGCCUGGAAUGAAGCAUGAGAACAUAUUACAGUUCAUUGGUGCAGAAAAACGAGGUACCAGUGUUGAUGUGGAUCUUUGGCUAAUCACAGCAUUUCAUGAAAAGGGUUCAUUGUCAGACUUUCUUAAGGCUAAUGUGGUCUCUUGGAAUGAAUUGUGUCAUAUUGCAGAAACCAUGGCUCGAGGAUUGGCAUAUUUACAUGAGGAUAUACCUGGCCUAAAAGAUGGCCACAAACCUGCCAUAUCUCACAGGGACAUCAAAAGUAAAAAUGUGCUAUUGAAGAACAAUCUGACUGCUUGUAUUGCUGACUUUGGGUUGGCAUUAAAGUUUGAGGCUGGCAAGUCUGCAGGUGAUACCCAUGGGCAGGUUGGUACCCGGAGGUAUAUGGCUCCAGAAGUAUUAGAGGGUGCUAUUAACUUCCAAAGGGAUGCAUUUUUGAGGAUAGAUAUGUAUGCCAUGGGAUUAGUCCUAUGGGAGCUGGCUUCUCGUUGUACUGCUGCAGAUGGACCUGUAGAUGAAUACAUGUUGCCAUUUGAGGAGGAAAUUGGCCAGCAUCCCUCUCUUGAAGACAUGCAGGAAGUUGUUGUGCAUAAAAAAAAGAGGCCUGUUUUAAGAGAUUAUUGGCAGAAACAUGCUGGAAUGGCAAUGCUCUGUGAAACAAUAGAAGAAUGUUGGGAUCACGAUGCAGAAGCCAGGUUAUCAGCUGGAUGUGUAGGUGAAAGAAUUACUCAGAUGCAAAGACUAACAAAUAUCAUUACGACAGAGGACAUUGUAACAGUGGUCACGAUGGUGACAAAUGUUGACUUUCCUCCCAAAGAAUCCAGUCUAUGAUGGUUGCACCAUGUGUACACACUGAGAA